GAUUUUUAUUUGUUUUUCUUUUUCUGCUUUUGAUCUUUGAAACUUCCAAUGGAAUGAAUACAUUGGCAAAAGCUGGAAGGUACAAAAUUACAGCUCCAAACAAGGUGUAAGAGAAAAGGAUUCUAUUUGGCAAUGAGGUAUCCUAUAUGGAUUGCUUUUCACUCAUAAAGUUACAUUCCAAAGGGAAAAAAAAAGAGGGAAUAAGUCCACUUGCACCAACCUAUAAGAAUAUCACCCCCACCACCUCUGUUCCUCCUCUGUUACCACUCUGCCCAAAACAGAGCAAAACAGAGGAUCCACUUCAUCACUCCGAAUGGAUCCUCCACCUCUCUCUGCCGCAACCAUCACCACUCAUAAAAAUCAUCCUGAUUCCAUAGAGUCUUCUUCUCCGCGUUCCCGCAAUGCAGAAAUAUGGAGUGAUGAGAAUUUACCGGCCGUUCCUGGGGCCAAGCUGCGCCUCAUGUGCAGCUAUGGUGGCCACAUCAUGCCACGCCCUCAUGACAAGACUCUCUGCUACGUCGGCGGUGAUACAAGGAUUGUGGUGGUGGACCGCCACUCUUCGUUGAAAGAUCUGUGUUCACGGCUUUCCCGAACCAUUCUCCAUGGAAGACCCUUCACACUGAAGUACCAGCUUCCCAAUGAAGACCUUGACAGCCUCAUCACUGUCACCACUGAUGAAGAUCUUGACAACAUGGUGGAAGAGUAUGAUCGAAUUACGGCGAAAGGCGCGGCUUCUUCACGGCUGAGGGUGUUCCUGUUCUUCACCAAACCCGAGGCCUCAGUUUCAAUGGGAUCACUACUUGAUGAUGUGAAGUCAGAGACAUGGUUUGUUGAUGCACUCAACAACUCUGGAAUGUUAAACAGAGUAGUUUCUGAUACUGCUGCAGGGGAUUCUUUUGUGAACCUUGAUGGUGGUGGUGGUGUUAGUGCUAGUGGUUCAAGCAACAACUUGGAGGCUUUGCCUGAUACUAACAAUAACAAGGCCAAGAACUUGCCUGAUGUGGUUCAAUCAAGUCCUGGUUCACCUAUGAUGGAGAACAGUUCCUCUUCUUCUCCUUCUUUCUCUCCUUCUCUGGCAAAUCUGCCGCCCAUUCGGGUACGUGUUGAUGACAACAGUAGUAGGCUUCAACAAGAGAACAAGGUUGGGGGGCUGCCGGAGGAGCAGUUGGUUCAGAUGACAAUUGCAAGUGGGCUGAAGCAAGAUGAUGGGUUGGUGAGUGUGGUUUCUUCUGCAGUGGCUGCACCUGCAAUUCCUGCAGCUGUGACUAUGCCAUCUGUUGGGGUGGUUACUACCAGUGAUAAUGUGAUGAACAGAGUUCUUUCUGAGGACGAGAGAUCUGAUCUCGGGUUUCGGAAGCCCCCUUUACCACUGCAGCUUGUGCAGCCAAGGACUAGUGGUGGUUUGAAUUUGCCUUCUCCUGAUUCAGUUACAAGUGAUAGCAGUAUUGCAUCUGCAAAUUCUUUCUCCAAGACUGUUUACUAUCAAGACCAAGUCCAAGCUGCACAACUAGACAACAAACUAGUUGCUUUACCAAAUGGCAAGAGUGAAAUAUCUGAUCAGGUGAUUCAGGUCCAUGGUCAAGUUCAGGAUUCUGGCUACCCAUUACCCCCACAAUUAGAUCAAAAUAGGCAACUUCAGCAGCAAAAGCCCUUGGUCCAUGCCAGCUCUCACUACAUCCACCACCCUGCAGCCACAGGGCAAAUACCAGUUUCAUCAUACUACCCAGUUUAUGCCCCACCACCUCAACAACAACUUCACCCUCCAAUUGGUCAGCAACAGUACCCAGUUUAUGUGAUGCCUGUUGGACCCACACAAGUAACACAACCAUACAACAUGGCCUUGCAGCACAACAUGGGUGACCCAAAUGUGUUACUCUCAGGCAGAACCCUAAUACCACAAAGUGCUGUUACCUCAGCAGCAUACAAGGAUGGUACUCCACCUAUCUAUCCCACCAAAUCAGUUAGCCCUACUAUACCUGAGGUGACUCCAAGUGUUUACAAGGCUCCUCCUCCUGUGGCCUCAAACCCUGCAUAUGCUCCAAUACCUCCCAACCAAUUUCAGCCACAGUAUGUGGGGUUGUCUCAGUUCCAUCAUCCACCACAGUCCAUUGCUGUGGCUCCCUCUAGUACUACUACUAAUUAUGGUUAUGAAUAUGGUGGCCAUGUGCAAGACCAAGCUUACUACACCCAACAACAAACCACUACAGCUCCAUUGCUUCCUCAGUAUCAAUCCAUGACCCCAGCUGCAGCAGCUGCAGCACUGUCAGAUGCUUCCAAACAGUUUCCUGCAGACACCAUUCAGCAGCAAAAUAGAGCAUCACAGCCAGUAUGAAUCAGAAGUGGAAAAAAAUGAAUGAAUUGAGGCAUAUUGGAGAGGGGUGGGGUGUGAGGUAACUGAACUUUACUUUCAUUUUUUAACAAUGAACAUAUGGACCCUACUUUCUACACAAAAAUAAGGACUAAACCAUAGGUUAUUUCUUUUAAAUGAAUGACAUGUAAAACCAUAUUUUGCAAACCUAGCUUUUCUGAUCAUCACAGUUACUCAGUUGAAUAAUGCAAGUUGCUGCCAUUAGCUUUCCCGAGGGACUUCUUUUUUAUUGUUUUUCUAUCCAAAUGUUAUCAUAUUGUUUA